GCGGCGGAGCCGGGAAGAAUCGCGGCAUGGAGCGGGCGGCGGUGGGGCCCGGGGGCACCUCGCUGGUCGAGGGGUUCAUUAAAUCGCCCCGACCGCUGAUGAAGAAGCAGGCGGUGAAAAGGCAUCACCACAAACACAACCUCAAGCAUCGUUACGAGUUCUUGGAAACGCUGGGGAAGGGAACGUAUGGGAAGGUGAAGAAAGCACGGGAGCGUUCCGGCAAGCUGGUGGCCAUCAAGUCCAUCCGGAAGGACAGAAUCAAAGAUGAACAGGACCUUAUCCAUAUCAGGAGGGAGAUAGAGAUCAUGUCGUCCCUCAACCACCCCCACAUCAUCGCCGUCCAUGAAGUGUUUGAGAACAGUAGCAAGAUUGUCAUCGUGAUGGAGUACGCCAGCAAAGGAGAUCUGUAUGACUACAUCAGUGAGAGGCAGAGGCUGUCAGAGCAGGAGGCUCGCCACUUCUUCCGGCAGGUUGUGUCGGCUGUCUACUACUGCCAUAAGAAUGGGAUCGUUCACAGGGACCUGAAGCUGGAGAACAUCCUUCUCGAUGCCAACGGGAACAUCAAGAUUGCAGACUUUGGCCUGUCCAACGUUUACCAGCAGGACAAAUUCCUGCAGACGUUCUGUGGUAGUCCCCUCUAUGCCUCACCUGAAAUCAUCAACGGACGGCCCUACAAAGGCCCAGAGGUGGACAGCUGGUCCCUUGGUGUCCUCCUCUACAUCCUGGUCCAUGGCACGAUGCCCUUUGAUGGCCACGACUACAAGACUCUGGUCAAGCAGAUCACCAGCGGGGAUUACCGGGAGCCCACGAAGCUGUCAGAUGCCUGUGGGCUGAUCCGGUGGAUGCUGAUGGUGAACCCGGAGCGCCGUGCCACCAUUGAGGACAUUGCCACACACUGGUGGGUCAACUGGGGCUACCGUGUGCCUGUUGGUGAGCAGGAGCUGCUGAGGGAGAGCAGUGAAUCCCCAUUGGCCACGGUGGCCGAGUGGCUGCGGCGCUCCUCCAGACCCCUCUUUGAAAACGGCUCCAAAGUGAGGUGCUUCUUCAAGCAGCACAUCCCUGGUGUGGCCCUGGAGAGGCAGCGCUCCCUUAAGAAGUCCAAGAAGGAGAACGAUGUCUCCCAUGCACUGCAGGAGGGGGCUGCAGUCCCGGAGAACCCCUCCAAGUCCAUCCUCAAGCGGCCCAAGGGCAUCCUGAAGAAGAGGAAUUCCUGCGAGCAGAAGGUGCCCAUCCCUCCGCCAACAGCUCCUGGGGGAGAGGCGAAGAGUGAGGAUGGGGAUGUGACUGCUGUGGGGCUGAGCCCGGUGCUACCCUCUGCAGUGCUGGGGGAUAGCGAGGGCAGCAGUGUGGUCCCUGUGGCUGUGCCCAAGAAGGGAAUCCUAAAAAAGCCCCUGAAGAGGGAAUCAGGGUAUUACUCAUCCCUGGAAUGCUGUGAAUCCGGGGACGUCUUGGAUGCAGGGAGCUUGGACCUUGAGAGCAAUGUGUUUGCUGACAACCCCACCACUGAGCAGGGCCCCCCCGUCCUUCCCAGCAGCCGGAAGGGCAUCCUCAAGCACAGCAGCAAAUACACCAGCAGUGCUGAGCCCCACAGCCCCCCCAGGCAGAGCUUUGGAUGCUUUGAUGAGGUGUCCCUGCCCAAAGCCCCCCUUGCCCCCCGCCCUCGCCCACCCAGCGCUGUGAGCGAGGACAGCAUCCUCUCCACCGAAUCCUUUGAGCAGCUCGACCUCCCCCCACGCGUCCCCGCGGGCAGCAGCGGGGCCAUGAGGGGCUGCGUCUCUGCUGACAGCCUCCUGUGCUUGGAGGAGGAGGAGGAGGUGGAUGAAGGGCGCAGGUUGCGCCGCUGGACCGUGACCCACUGCCCCAGUGCGUUGGGAGAAAGCUGUGACAACAUCACCGAGGUGUACCGGCGUGCCGUGGCCAUCAGCAUGAAGCUGAGCUGAGGGCACCUUGUGGCUGUAGGGAUGGGGUCCCUGAGCCUGGGAUGGUCCCUGCUGUGGGAAGGGGGGGCACAACCCCUCCUUUCUCCCUCCAGGGCUCCCUUGUGUUUGGGAGGGGGGGCUGUCCUGUGUCAUCCCCCCCCCCCCCCCUAUUUAUUUUGCAGCCUCCAGGAGGAUGUUGGAUGCACACAGGGUUGUGGGGUGGGGAGGGGGAUGCCCUGAGUGCACAUCUCAGAGAGGAGGGGGUGAUAAAAGGACCAAAGCCCUAAGCUGCCCCAUUGCCCCCCCCUGCUCCUGCUGAGGGGAAGAAGUGUUCUCUGUGGCACACACUGUCCCUCCCUGCUGCCCUCCAUGCAGAGAGGCUCAUCUCAAGGGAGGGAUGAAAUGGGGUGAGGGGUGGGAUUUCUUUUUCAUUGCACUGGUUUUGUUUGUUUUUGUUUUGGCUGCACAAGAUAACGGAUGGGGCAGGUAAUAUACCUCAAACAACUGGAAAUGUAGCAAGGUGCAGGCAGGAGGCUGUCCUGGCUGCAGGCUGGGGUUUGCUGGCAAUGGGGUGCAGCCCCAUCCUUCUGCUGCUCUGAGAAACCUAACUGGAAUGAAGCACCAACUGGAAGAGCGCACGCACUGUGAUGGUGAUGAGCUGAAGCUGCAGGAAACCCAGAGCUGCCCCACACCGCAGCCUGAAAAGGGGCUCUGAUGCCAAUUUUUCAUGGUGAAAGGAGAAAAAAAGAAAAAAAGAAAAGAAAAAAGCGCCUUUCCUAAGGCACUGCUUCUUUAUUUAUUGCCUCGUGUGUGAGUUAAUGUAAAACUUCAUCAGCACUGGAUUUGCCCAGCUCAGUAUCAGUCCCGUGGGUGACUGUGGGGUGGCUGUGCUGCACUGCUGUGUGGGCAAUGGCUCUGUUCCUUCCUCCAGCGUGGUCCAGAGGAAAAAAAAACAACAUUAAAUUAAAAACAGAAGGCGUGUGUUGGUUGUUUUCCUGGUUGUUCUUCCACCGCAGUGUUCUGGGGGAUGCUCCAGGCUGGGC